AAAAACAAAUUAAAAAAAUUAAUUGUAAUUAAAUUAAAAUGAACUAUAGUAACUUUUUGAAGAGUUCGCAAUUCGUCUAUCAUGCAAUUUCAUAGGUUCAUGUGGUGCAUGUAGUAUGAGUAAUCAAAACUUCAUAUCUAUUCAUAGCUGUAGAUGGGCAAGCACCAUGUCGUAUGAGUGAUUUGCUUACAAAUUGGAAAUUAUUAAGUCUAAGUGGCCUAUUUCUUAUAAUAGCAGAUUCGUUCAGGAACCAAACGUGUUGAAGAAAAAAAAGAAUAAAAAAGUGAAAUAAUAAAACCAAAGUAAAGUUUAUAGCAAUUUUAACGUUUCGUGCUAAAUAACAGUGUUUAACAAAAAAAAAAAAAAAAAAAUUACAAAUAUUUUUACUAAAUCAGCACAAAUCGAACCGCUAAAUAGAAAGUUUUUGCAACUCCUCACCAAUUGAAAGCACACCGUACUGCAACUGCUUUCCCACACAAAAUGGCUUGGGGUUAUUGGAGUGCCACCACAGUCGAUCGUGGUCGUUCACCACGACGUAAUACACAAUGUACACCGCUCCCGGUGAAUUUGAUGCAACAGGAUGAGGACAACAGUACUCAAACUGCUUCAGCAGCCGCAGCAGCAGUCAAUAAUAGCAAAACCGGUAACGGUGGUGGUGGCGGUGGCGGGGGCAAUUCAAAUACCUGCCCCAAUACACCAUCCGGUACACAAGCAAACCUCUGCUACAGCCCCACAUGUCGUAGUCGUUGUAGUAGCCCCUGUCCGGGCAGUCCGUGUCCGGGCAGUCCAUGCGGUUCGAUUACACCACCACCGCCGCCACAAUUAACAUCAUCACAACAACAUUUGCAUCAACAUUCGAAUAAGAAUUGUCCGGCUGCACAGCAAAUACUCAAUCUAGAUGAUUAUCCGUCGCGUCGGCAAUCGUUGGAUCGCCUGGACAGUCCGCAGUCAAAAUACUUUGAUCUGCAGGCCAAUCAACUGUCGGAUAUACUUUGCCGCGGCGCUGUCGUCUCAUCCAUACAAUCGGCAAAUAAUACGUUGACACGCGGCGUCUCGCUACACAGUCGUAGCGGCAGCGCACACGGCAGCAUUCAUGGUGGCAGUCAUCACGGCAGUUAUGGCGGUGGCGUCGGCGGCACUGGCAGUGCGCAUGGCUCUAUGGGUUGUUUACAGGGCAGCAUGGGUCAUUUGAUGGGUGCUGGUGUCGGCGUUGGCGGUGGCGCUAGCACCAGCGGCAGUGUUGGUAUGCUCUCGGGCGCCAUUGAUACCGGCGAUUAUGACGUACCACAUCCGCAUCCCUACACGCAUCAUUAUAUGCAGACAUCAACAUCGAUAACACCGCCACAUUCCACAAUGAGUUUAAUCGGCUCACGACCCGGUUCGGCUGGCGCCGUAUGUCCGGGUCAUGAUUCGGGCUCAGACUCUAGUCAAGGCUGUGGUUCGACAAUGGGUGGCGGUAUUGGCGUUGGUGCUAUGAGUAUAGGCAGUGGUCAUGGUGCCCAUAUGAUGGGUGGCGGAAGCGGCGGCGGCGUCAUUGCCAUGGGUAUGGGCAUGUUAGGCAGUGGCGGCGGUCAUCAUAGCGGUGGCAGCGGCUCGUUGGGACGCUGUUCUAGUCGUUGUCAUAAUACAAUGAAUACAACAACAAACACCACCACCACCACCACAGACGAUUCGGGCGGUGGCAGCGGUGGUAGUGGUGGCAGCGUUUUUAUCGGCGGCUGUCGCAUGGGCACCGUCGCCAGUGGCGUUAGUAUGGGUGUGGGAAUAAGUGGUGUCGGCGUCGGCGGCGGUGUCGGUAUGGGUAUGGGCAUGGUUGGCGUGGUGGGUGGCAUGAUAGAGAAUCCACAUCGUAGCAGCUUGCAUGGCAGCGAGGGUAGCGGUUUGAAUGUUUGCGGUAUGGGCGGUAGCGGUGGCAGUGGUGGUAGUGUUGGUGGACGUAGCAGUACACUCGGCACUAUACAUAAUGGCCAUCAUCAUCAUCAGUAUCAUCAUGAAUGUAUACAUUAUGAGCGUCUACCUAUACCUGUUCCUAUACCGACUGUGCCAACACAACAACAUCAACAGCAACAUCAACAACAGCAGCAACAACAACAACAUUUGCAUUCCGAAGAUGAAAUCGAACCAGCCUAUGCAACAGUAUUUCCAAAUGUACCUCCUGCACCUGGCAUGUCCUGUGAGGGCGAAGAUCGCAGCAUCUACAGACGUGGCGCACGCAGAUGGCGCAAACUAUACCGAGUCAAUGGACACAUUUUCCAAGCUAAACGUUUCAAUCGGCGCGCCUUUUGUGCCUACUGUCAGGAUCGUAUUUGGGGUUUGGGUCGGCAAGGUUUCAAGUGCAUCCAAUGCAAGCUGCUGGUGCACAAAAAAUGCCAUAAACUCGUACAGAAGCACUGCACCAACGAACAUGUGGAACCGUUAGUACAGGAGCGUGACGACAAUUUCGCCGAAGCGCUGCCACAAGUAUUGCCACCAUUGCCCGAAUAUGCAGCGCAAGCGGGUGCCGGUGGACAUAUUGGUGGUGGCAUGGUGGAUGGUAGUGAUCCGUUGGCAGCGCUUGAAUUACAAGCGCAUGAUGCACAAUUGCAUCAACAACAGCAGCAACAUCAGAAUAUCGAAGAACAACUAGAGCCGGGCACACAACGGCAAUAUUCGAUUAAUGAUUUCGAAUUAAUACGUGUUAUUGGACGCGGCAGUUAUGCCAAGGUGCUAAUGGUUGAGCUGAAGAAUACCGGACGCAUAUAUGCUAUGAAAGUGAUUAAGAAAGCGCUCGUCACCGACGAUGAAGAUAUCGAUUGGGUGCAAACGGAGAAGCAUGUCUUCGAGACAGCAUCCAAUCAUCCCUUCUUGGUGGGUCUACACUCGUGCUUCCAGACACCGUCACGUCUCUUCUUCGUUAUCGAAUUUGUGCGUGGCGGUGAUCUUAUGUUCCACAUGCAACGACAACGUCGUCUACCCGAAGAGCAUGCGCGUUUCUAUGCGGCAGAGAUCAGUUUGGCAUUGAAUUUCUUGCAUGAAAAAGGUAUUAUAUAUCGUGACUUGAAGUUGGACAAUGUGCUGUUGGAUCAUGAGGGUCACAUCAAGUUAACCGAUUAUGGUAUGUGCAAGGAGGGUAUACGUCCUGGUGACACAACCUCCACAUUCUGUGGCACACCCAAUUAUAUAGCGCCAGAGAUAUUGCGUGGCGAAGACUAUGGUUUCUCAGUGGAUUGGUGGGCGUUGGGUGUGUUAUUGUACGAGAUGUUGGCCGGUCGCAGUCCAUUCGAUAUAGCAGGCGCAUCCGAGAAUCCCGAUCAAAACACUGAAGAUUAUCUCUUCCAAGUAAUUUUGGAGAAGACCAUACGUAUACCGCGUUCGUUAAGCGUCAAGGCAGCGUCUGUAUUGAAAGGUUUCCUUAAUAAAAAUCCAGCUGAUCGUUUGGGUUGCCAUCGUGAAUCUGCUUUUAUGGAUAUUGUGAACCAUCCGUUCUUCAAGAGUAUUGACUGGGAAAUGAUUGCGCAAAAGGAAGUACAACCACCAUAUAAGCCAACAUUUGAUACUAGCGAUCCAUAUAUGACAACCAAUUUUGAUGCACAAUUUACUAGAGAACCAGCUGAGUUAACGCCAGACGAUCCUCGCGUCAUCGACAAGAUAGAUCAAUCGGAAUUCGAAGGUUUCGAAUAUGUGAAUCCGCUGCUGAUGUCCUUGGAGGACUGCGUCUGACACCACGAGUCAUGUGAUUUGCAUCCCUAUAAUAUGCGUUUAUAUGGCGAGGACUCCAGUGAUUAUGACUCUGUAGCUGAUGAUUUAAGUAUUUUACAAUUGCAUGCAGCGCCAUCGACAACUGCUAAUAAUAAUUUUACGAAUAUUCGUAUGC